AUGUCUUUAUCUGACUUAAAACAUUCUUUGAGGAAAUUGGAGUUUCCAGCAUGUUCUAAAGAAGCUUUAAUUAAAAUUGAGCAACUACUAGUAGGCAGAGCUGCACCAACAAGUAAGCAACUGGAUAUUGCUAUGGAAAUCAUAUCAGAAUUUGUUUUUUGCGAUGCAGACCGCCGCGGAGGCCGGCGGGGUGGCGGGCUUAAUCCGUUACAGGAGUUACAGCUUAUUGAUAUUAUCUGUGAUUACCUCUCGGCCUGCAGUAAUGAGACUACAAAGAACACAAUAUUUUUGUCCUUAUUUGGUGGCAUGGAAAAUCAGAGAAAGUUAAAAAUUCUGAGCAUACUGGCUAGUAUGGCUGUUUCUGCAUCUAGCACUCCAGUGCUGUUAGCAGUGGGGGUAUGGCUCCAACAAAUGGGAUGUUCAUCUCCUCAGUCCUUGCAACUGGUAGAAAAUAUAAUCAGAGAUCACUUCUACUUGAACACAACCAACCUGACCGCCUUGAAAUCCCUAGCUAGCACAGCACCACAGUUUGUCUGCAAUUUUAUUACAGCAGUCACUGAACUUUAUAUGCAAGAAACUCAGAAGCCAAUCAAAUUACCACCUAAGAAUCUUCUUGAAGUUAUAACAUUUUGGGUGUACUCCACGCCGACAUUGUGCAUGUCAGCACAGUUGAAUGCAGCCGCUUUACCUAGUGGCGCAAUUCCUAUGGCGGCAGUCACACCACUUGCUGGUUUAGUUCGAUGGUGCGCCUUUGCGCCGCUGUACAUUGAUGAAGAUGCUGAGAUGUUAGAGAUUCCACCGAAGAAAAUUAAAAUCGAAGGGGAGCGGGGUGCACUAAAGACAGUUAAAGCACAGUCAGAGUCGCAGUUGUAUAUACAAUUGCAACUGGGCUUACUACAGAGUUUGCGCGCGUGGCGGCGCCGGGGCCCGCCGGCAGCGGUGGCAGCUCAGCGGGUCACAGCAUUGCUGCCGGCCGUCAGGGAAUAUGCACAGAGGCUGCUUGAUAGAGGAUGCAAGAUCAACACUGAUCAGAAGCUGCAGGACUGCCUCGACCGGAUAGGCCAAGCAGUGCAAGUAGCUUUGGCUAAUGGCUGUGUCUAUGGCAACAUCAGCAGUCUGUUAGCAUCUUUGGACACAUUACCAGAAAAUAGAUUAUUAAGGAUUGUAAUCAAGACACAUCAGCAAGCAAUAUGA